AUGCCGCUGCAGGACGACACCCUCCGAGAGGUGUGGGCCUCGGACAGGUCCGGAAGUGCCCCCCCCCCCAACCUCAACCUACCUGAACCCUGGGGGGCCCAGGUGGAGGGGCUGGGGAAGGGCAGGAAAAGGGGAGGAAGACAGUCUGAUUCCUUUGCUACCCUCAGCGGACAUGAGGAGGAAGGCUCGGAUAUCCAGCAGCGCCCCAAGCAGCAGCGACCCGCCAAGGGGCAGAAGUUGAGGAAGAAAAGGACGGAAGCCCCCGAGUCCCCCUGCCCCGAGGGAUCCAAGCCCCGGAGGAAACCUGGAGGCGGGCGGGGGGCCGAGCCCGGGGGUGCCCCCAAGGCCGGGCGGAGGGGGAAGCCGCGGGAGGAGCCCGCCCCGCAGCCGCCCGAGGCCCGGACGCCGCAGACGGUCUACACCAAGUUCCUCAGAGACCCCGAGGCCAAACGCGACCCGCGGGAAACCUUCCUGGUAGCGCGAGCCCGGGACGCAGUAGACGAGGAUGAGGAGGAAGAAGAGGAAGACCAUGAAGAGGAAGAGGAAGAGGAGGAGGAGGAAAAGAAAGAGAAAACCCCUCUGCCUCCCAAGAAGCCUCCUAAAGAGAAGACUUCCGCAGGCAUCAAGGAGAGGAGGGCCAAGGCCCAGGGUCAGAAGGGGGACCUGGGAAGCCCUGUCCCCCCAUCCAAACCUCUUCGAAUGAAGAAGAAGGAGGUACCAGCGGGGGAGGGGACCAAGAUGAGAAAGACAAAGAAGAAAGGGUCUGGGGAGGCUGACAAGGACACCUCAAUGAGCCCGACCAGAGUGACAAAGAAGAGCCCAGCAGCCAUGUUUCUGGUGGGGGAAGAUGGCCCCGCUGAGAAAGCUCAGAAGAAGAAAGGCACUCCCAAAGGCUCAGAAGAGGAGAGGAAGGAGGAAGAGGAAGAGGAGGAAGAAGUGACAAAGAACAGCAAUCAGAAGGGCAAAGCGAAAGGAAAAGGCAAAAAGAAAGCGAAGGAGGAGAGAGCCCCAUCUCCACCCGUGGAAGUGGAUGAACCCCGGGAGUUUGUGCUUCGGCCUGCCCCUCAGGGCCGGACAGUUCGCUGCAAGCUGACCCGGGACAAGAAGGGCAUGGAUCGGGGCCUGUAUCCCUCCUACUUCCUGCACCUGGACACAGAGAAGAAGGUGUUCCUCUUGGCUGGCAGGAAGCGGAAACGUAGCAAGACGGCCAAUUACCUCAUCUCCAGCGACCCUACCAAUCUGUCUCGAGGAGGGGAGAAUUUCAUUGGGAAGCUGAGGUCCAAUCUCCUGGGCAACCGCUUCACCGUCUUUGACAACGGGCAGAACCCGCACCGCGGAGGAGGCAGCACUGAUGUGGGUCGCCUUCGGCAGGAGCUGGCAGCUGUGAUCUAUGAAACCAACGUGUUGGGCUUCCGAGGUCCCCGGCGCAUGACGGUCAUCAUCCCAGGCAUGAAUACGGAGAACGAGAGGGUCCCCAUCCGGCCGCGAAAUACCAGCGAUGGGUUGCUGGUGCGCUGGCAAAACAAGACACUGGAGAGCCUCAUCGAGCUGCACAACAAGCCCCCCGUCUGGAAUGAAGACAGCGGCUCCUACACCCUCAACUUCCAAGGCCGAGUCACACAAGCCUCCGUCAAGAACUUCCAGAUUGUUCACGCCGAUGACCCCGACUACAUUGUACUGCAGUUCGGCCGCGUGGCCGAGGACGCCUUCACCCUAGACUACCGGUACCCGCUGUGCGCCCUGCAGGCCUUCGCCAUCGCCCUCUCCAGUUUCGAUGGGAAGCUGGCCUGCGAAUGA